AUGUCAUCAGAAAAACAAGAUCCUUCAGAUCUUCCAGCUGCUAACCAGCAAUCACAACAACAACAACAACCUCAACCCUUUACAGAAGAAGACCUUGAGGCUCAACGUGUCAUCAGUACUCACUCAUCUCUAGGAUCAAGAGUCUCACGUGCUGCAACCCAUGCCGAUAAUAACUUUGGCCGCAAUUUGGCCCUCACUAGAACUGAAACUGCAGCUUCUUUAGCAGAACUCGGUCUCUCAACAACAAGACCUCAAGUCGACCCUAAUUUCCCCUCUUUACGUCCAGAAGGUGAACCAGAAUUCCCAGAAGAAUAUACUCUAGAAACUGAAACAGGUCUAGUCCCUGUCAUGUCUCUUCGUCAAAUCCGUUCAGACAUUUCCGGUACCAGUCUUUCCCGCCGUCGCACAAAUAGACUUGCAGCCCUUGGUGGUGGAUUACCUACCCAUAAAGAAGAACCAGAACGUAGACCUUCAACUACUCCAGGCCCUAACGCCCCACCAACAGACGAAGAAGAGGAGCUCCCAAAAGAACAGCCCCUCGAGGGGGGUUCCGAGGAGGAAAUCGAAUUCGUCACCUUUUUAAUCAACGAUCCAGAGAACCCCCAGAACUGGUCCCACGCUUACAAGUGGACAGUCACUCUGAUCGCUUCCUUUCUCGUCUUGGCCGUUGCCUACGGUUCCGCAGCUCCAACAGGCGGCCUUAGUCUCAUUAUGGAACGUUUCAAUGUUUCCCUCGAAGUUGCAAACCUUACCGUCGCCAUUAUGGUUAUAGGAUUUGCUGUUGGUCCUCUACUUUGGUCCCCACUUUCAGAACAAAUUGGUCGUCGCCCAGUUUAUAUCGUUUCCCUUACCCUCUACGUCAUUUUCAAUAUUCCCUGCGCCGUGGCUAAAAAUAUUGGUACCCUUCUUGUCUGCCGUUUCCUCUGUGGUGUCUUUGCCUCUUCUGUUCUUUCCCUUGCUGGUGGCUCCAUUGCUGAUGUUUGGGAAACUGAGCACCGUGGCUUUGCCAUUGCUUACUUUGCUGCUGCUCCCUACUGUGGUCCUGUCUUUGGUCCCAUUGUUUCCGGAUGGAUCAAUGUCGGCUCUGGACGUUACAGUCUCCUGUUUUGGGUCAAUUUUGCAUUUGCCGGUGCUGCAAGUCUUGUCAUGGCUUCAGUCCCUGAAACUUAUGCCCCAGUCAUUCUUAAGCGCCGUGCUAAGCGUCUUAGAAAGGAAACUGGUAACCCCAACAUUAUGACUGAACAAGAAGCCCUUAAGCUUUCUUUUAAGGAACUCCUCGAAACUGUCCUCGUUAGACCCAUGACUAUGAUGCUUACCGAACCCGUCCUUGAUCUCAUGAACCUUUACAUUGUCAUGAUUUACUCGCUUCUCUAUGGCUUUUUCUUUGCAUACCCUGUUAUUUUCGUCAAACUCCACGAUUACAAUGAUGGUAUCAUUGGUCUCAUGUUUAUUCCCAUUUUAAUCGGAGCCAUUUUCGCGCUCAUGGUUACCCCUAUUUGUGAGAAGAAAUACAUUCAGAUUUGCAAGAAGCGAGAACCCACUCCAGAGGACCGUUUGGUUGGUGCUAUGAUUGGUGCACCCUUUAUUCCAAUUGCUCUUUACCUUUUGGGUGCUACCUCUUAUAAGCAUGUUAUUUGGGUCGGCCAGGCUUCUUCUGGUAUUCCCUUUGGCUUUGGUAUGGUCAUGUGCUACUACAGUGUCAACAAUUACAUUAUUGACUCGUACACCGAGUACGCUGCUUCUGCCCUGGCUGCAAAGGUCUUUAUGAGAUCUGGCGGUGGUGCUGGCUUUUGCUUGUUUACAGGUAUCAUGUACAGCUCCAAGCGCCCAGGUCUUCAAGGCUCUUCGUACCUGCUGGCUGGUCUUGCCACUUUGAUGGUUGUUAUUCCAUUUUUGUUUUACAAGAAGGGUGCUGCCAUUCGUGCAAGAUUUACCCAUGUUUAA